CUGGCCUUGAUUUAUCAUCCAGGGCGCCUAUAUUCACUGCAUGUUAUCUGUCUGGCUGACUUAAAAUAGACAACACUAGACCCGGAUAUUUCGGGACAUCUUGCCUUCGUUAUCGAGCUCACCCCGCUUCUCAGUAAGCAGCCGGCCAAUGUUGUCUUGUUGAUAAGCUUAUUUCCAUUCUUCCGGUCGUUCCAUACGAGUAACGCAAAGGCAAUCACUGUCCGGGCGUUUUCCGCAAUUCUGUACAGGAUAAGCCUGCAAGCUCUCACGAGAGCUACUGCCUGGUAUGUUGCAUGCAAGUGACGGAACGCAGAAUACUCUCCAGCCGCUUAUUUGAAAAAAGUAUAAAGAAGCCUCAAGUCCGUUUGAAUUGUCACCAUAUCAAAACCCUUCAAAACACCAAUUCCAUCCUCUUCCUUCUCAACGAUGCCAUUUCUCACGCUCAAGGAUGGAACAGCUCUCUAUUACAAGGACUGGGGCAACCCCAAAGGUGAAGUAGUCACGUUUUCGCACGGCUGGCCACUCAGCAGCGACAGCUGGGAGAGCCAGAUGGCAUUCCUCGCGGAGCGUGGCUACCGUGUCAUUGCGCAUGACCGUCGUGGCCAUGGUCGCUCCAGUCAGCCCUGGGCGGGCAACAACAUGGACACCUUCACCGAUGAUCUCCUCCAGCUGUUCGAGCACCUCGACCUCAAGAACGUGACCAUGGUGGGCCACUCCCAUGGAGGUGGCGAGGUCACCAGGUUCAUUGGUAGACACGGCACGAGCCGAGUGACCAAGGCCGUGCUCGUCGGGGCUGUCCCUCCCCUCAUGCUGAAGACGGCGGACAACCCGGAUGGCAUCCCACUCUCCGUGUUCGACGGCUUCCGCGAAUCAAUGCGCAAAGACCGCUCUCAGUUCUUUCUUGAUGUGCCCACGGGACCAUUCUUCGGCUUCAACCGCGCCAGCGCCACCAAGAGCGAGGGCCACGUCCAGAAUUGGUGGAGGCAGGGGAUGAUGUCGAGCUACAAAUCCACGUACGACAGCAUCAAGGAUUUCUCGGAGACGGAUUUCACGGUUGACCUGCGCAAGAUGCGUCUGCCUGUGCUUGUCUUGCAUGGGGACGACGACCAGAUCGUUCCGUUUGAGAAUUCGGGAAAGAAAACGGCUCAGCUGCUGCCCAAUGCGACGCUCAAGGUGUAUAAAGGUGGUUCGCAUGCUAUUCACAACAUCAACGUGGACGAGGUGAAUAGGGAUCUGCUCGAGUUUUUGCAGACGUAGAAGAUGGUUAGUUGAAGAAGCACUGGAGAUGAGAUGGGGCUGGGUUCAUGUUCAUGGGCAGCAGAUGUGCAAUCUACCAUGGACGACUAGUUCUUGUGAUAGUAUCGCUCGUGGCAAUCAUCUCGCCAAGGGCAUCCUGCAUAGUUAUCGAACAAUAUACGACUUUCUGACUCUCUGACUCUCUGCAAUGGACGCUUGCACGUGUUUGUACAAUUCGUGCAUGCAACAAAGAGAUGAGGGCACUAGCUUACCCUGGACGAUACUUGUCGUGUUCACACAUGAGCACACGAGCCCUCUAUACAUG